UGGCAAACAAAGCUGGACCAAAGUCCAUCUGGACAUUUCAAGUGCACGAAUGAGGAGGUAAAAGCAGCAGCAGACCAUGUCAGAAGACAGGCACUUUCUGUUGAAUGGCAACACUUCAUCAGAGCAUUUCUAAGUGUAUUUGUAUUUUCUAUUAUCACAGUCUGUAAUUGAAAUAAGACUUCAGGACGAUUGCCAGAUGGCUCUCACCUUUCCCACCUCCGACUCUAGAUAAGAACGCACUGCAUUAACUGUUGGCGACCUUGCGCAGAAUGACAGCGUGCCUCUUGGCUGAGAGGUGGAGGACUUGGAAAUGGUACAUCCCCGCCGUGAGGACACUUUCCUCCAACCGUGCCCUGAAACCUGUGGUGCCCACCCUCGGCGCGGCGGUCGUCUUCUUGUACGGCUUGACCGACAAGCUCCGCUCGUUUGUGGCGGGCAUCUUCCUCCCCCAGUACCACUACCCGUACGUGGUGGCCCUCUGCUUCGGCCAGGUCCUGGUGUCUGUGUUCUUCUUCAAUCUCCUCCACGUCCUGGGCGUGGCGCCACUGAGGCAGUACAGUCAUCCACUGGCAGAGCGCCUCUUGGUGCCGUCCAUCUGCAGCAGCGCCUAUGCCACGCUCACCAUGUGGGCCGAGGCCAGCAGCUCGUACGCUGGUCUCUUCCCGUUCGCCCUCCGGCCACUACCUCUCAUCACGGUGGGCCUGAGCUUUGUGCUGAAGGUGACAGCGCCUCCCUCUGUCCACACUUCCAUCCUUGUGUCCAUCUUGACUGGGUUGGCGCUGGUCUUCACAGACUGGCGUGGUAUAUCAGACGUGGAGCCUCUGGAGUACAUGUAUGCGCCUCUGGGGGUCAUUCUCCUCAGUCUCUCCCUGACUUGGCUGUCCAAAGUGUCUGAGGCCGAGCACCGCCACCUGCCUACGGACAACCAAUUCUCCGCUUUGGACAUCUACUACACUCUGCUGGUGAACCAGUGCUGGCUGCUGGGCCUUCUGUGGACGUUGCACCCGGACGGCCCCCUGCUGUCGCUGAGUCGGGCCAGCUGGCACAGCCUGCUUUUCCACGGUUAUCUGCUCGCCAUCUUGCUGCUAGGGAUGCUCCUCAACUUUGUGCUUGUCAUGACAGCGCUGUGCAUCUCACCGCUGGCUGCGGCUCUAUUACACUCGGCCAGGGAACUGUUGCACCCUUUUCUAUAGGUUUUAAAUUAUGGAUGGAUGGAUGGAUUAUUUAAUAUUUAUUACCUCAGUCAAUGAGGUUAUAGUCCUACCAUCUAUUAUUUGCUGGGCAGGGAUAUACAUGGGCCUUCAGUGGGGACUUACCCGACUUCAUACACCUCUUAAUACCGUCACUGUCACAUUACAAUUAUAGAAACAAUCAAUGCUAUACAAAAACACAAUAUAACAGCACAAUCUGUGCCACGUACAUCAUCGGGAGCAGUAUUUAUCUAACAACAAAACAUAAAAAAAUACCCAUACCAAACAUAAAAAAAUACCCAUACCAUACCCACAAGAGAUGCUAAUUAUUCAAUGUUUUAAUGUGUGCAGUUUGCUCCAGCCAUGUUUUGCUAGUCGAACCAGAUGAUGGAAAAGUGCUGAUGUCAUCGAGGGCCACUUAGCUGGCCCUGUGAAGACGAAAAUGAAAUCUGAUUGGCAAAAGAAACAGUCCCAUUAGAAAUAUAUAUGUAGUUUAAGCAUUGUUAAUUCGGAAGGCUCUGAGCAGAUUAGAUUGACAUGGCAACACAGAGGCUGAAAUCUGACUGACAAGAAAUUUUAACAUUCACAUGUACUGUAAGCAUUACAGCCAAGAGAAAUGUUAUGAAAUGAAGAGACACUGUUGGCAAAAAAUCUAUGGAAUACUGUAUUAGAAUUUGGAUUGUAAAUGUUGGUCAGUGCUUUUGAUUUUGUUCAGUCCAGCAGAGAAGCCCUCGCUGGCCUGGAAUACCCACUGGUAAAAGAAAGUUUUAAAACAAG